AAAUGCCCGUGUAACAGCUGCAUCGAGACGAAAGAAAACACGGGUUGCCUAAACCCACACAAAUGCUUCGAGAGAGCGAAAGCGUACCUAGAUACCCUAACGCCAAAAUGGGACCCGCGAGGUGAAUGCCAGGAAGACCACGAAAAAGCCCAGAUUGAAGAGACGAGAAGGAUCUUCAAGGAGGAAGAAGAGGUAGUCAUCUUCAACCCGAGCGUCACGACGAGCGGAAACAUGAGCACAACGCUGCGCAUUUUCACAAACUUCUCAAAAGAAAACCCACCUAACAAAGGGAAACACAUAAACAAGUUCGAAGCUGAAGGCGAGAUCCAAUACCUUGCUACAGACGGAUCUUGCCUAAAAAACGGAGAGGAAGACGCACAAGCGGGAGCGGGCGUCUUCGGAGGUGAGAACCACGACAUGAACAGAAUAAUAAGACUCCCCCCAUACAUAGAGCAAACAAAUCAAACAGGGGAAGGAAUAGCGACACUCACGGCCUCCGAAAUAGCAGACUUAAGAAGGCCACUC